CACCGAUGCCUACGAAAUUGUAAAGAAUAACUGCCACUUUAAGUUUCCACACAUGUUGAAACCCGCGUUACAGCUGGGCGAAAGCGCGAUGUCAGGCGUGCAAGCGGGGCCGUUACCAUGGCAACCGCUAAGGCUAUCAUCAGUUGGUUCUAUGCAAUGCAACUGUGGAAUCUCUAGUGGAGUGGACAUCUGAGGGGGUGCCUCUGCGCGGUAAGGACAGGGUGGGUCUAUCAAAUGGAAAUGUAGGAUUUGCCAUUUAAAUUGAAACUACUGAACGCGAGGCAUUGGAGAAUUAAGUUGGUUUGUAAUUUGAUAAUCCGUCGAAAUCAUGGCUACGAAGCAGUCGCGGGUGGGAAUGGAAGCGCAUGCUGAGAAAAGUCGUCGAAUGUCCUUAGGCCUCGCUGGUCAGGGGUCAACAAACGACUUCUAUGGGAAAUCAAGGACCAUGAUAAAGCCCCCGAAUCAGGUUCAACUUUCUGCGGAGGAACUUAAAGAAGAAAUCACCCGCGUUUUGACGGCGGUUAACCCACAAGCGCCGAAAAACCAAGUGCAAUUCAGCAACCAUGUUUUGACAUUUGUUCCCAAGCCUUGUGAUGAAGGGACACUGAUUUUGUUUACACAAAACGGCUACUUACUCGACAUUGACAGUCCCGAAGCUAGAGUCCAGCUUGAAUCGGGCGUCGAUGAGGUUCCUCAGGAAGAAGAGGAGGAUGACACAGCGGAGGCGAAUGAAACCAAGGACGACCAGGAGCAGCCAGAUGAAGAGGCUGAACAAGGAGAAGAGGAUGAAAGUAAACCAGAGCCCGAGGAGGCCGAGUUCAGUAAAGCGGAGGAAGCAGAUGACCCUGGGGCUCCUGCUACCGGCGAAGAGGAAGAGGGUGCUGAGAACCAAGUCGCAGAAGCAUCAUCAGGGCCAAAAAAGAAGCUGACGAAUGCCUUCAAUUUUUGCGAACGUGCGUCGCAAACAAUGAACCAAACACACAAGGAGGCCAACGUCGAAACUCAGCCCCCUCCCAGAGCUACUAUUUCAUCGAACGUAAAUGCAUGGAACAUUUACGAUACAUACCAAACGAACUUUGAACAGCAGCAGCAGGAAAAACAGCAGGCACAAGGCAAGACACAGCCAAAACACGCAGAAAAUAAACCAGUGCAUGUGAGUUUAGAGCGUAAAGACGAACAGGAAAUUAUCAAGGUAGCCAGACAGACCCGAACUGCCGAGCGAAUCAUCAACCAAAACACCUACGACGAGAUUGCGCAAGAUUUCAAGUACUACGAGGACGCGUCAGACGAGUUCAAGGACAAAGAGGGCACUGUGCUUCCCCUAUGGCGGUUUAGUUUUGACCCCGCUAAAAAGCUGGCCGUCACGGAUAUCUGCUGGAGUCAUACGUACACAGACCUAUUCGCCGCUACGUUUGGAUCGUAUAACUUCCUGGGCCAAUCAUACGGACAAGUGUGUUUGUACACUCUCAAGAAUCCAACCUAUCCGGAGUAUCAUCUGUCAACAAGCUCCGGGGUGAUGUGUGUCGAUAUCCACCAAACGUAUCCGCACCUCGUCUGCAUAGGCAUGUACAAUGGUACAGUGAGCGUGCUGAGUCUACAGACUGAAGGCAGGGAGCCAAUAUGCCUGAGCAAAACCGUCAAGGGGCGCCAUUCGGAUAGCGUGAACAAGGUUCACUGGGGACAGGACAACAUGGACGGCAACCACAACUUCUAUUCGGUCUCGGCCGACGGCCGGGUCAUGAACUGGCAGCUGGUGCAGUCGGAGCUGCGUUGCACUGAGGUUACCACUUUGGGCAUGCCCGAGGUGAAGAACGAAGGCCCUGACGGCACCGUGAUACCAGUGCGAGGCUGCGGCACCACGUUUGCCUUCCACCGCAAGGACCCGGCUGCCUUCCUGGUCGGCACAGAGGAAGGCAACGUCUACAAUUGCUCCACCACCUACUCGUCGGGCUAUCUGUCCUCGUUCCCGGCGCACAUGCAGAGCAUCUACAACAUCAACUGGAACUUCUUCCACACGAGCAUCUUCGCGUCGUGCAGCGCCGACUGGACGGUGAAGAUCUGGGAGCAGGACGUGCUGACGCCGCUGUUCGUGUUCGACCUGGCCGCGCCGGUGGGUGACGUCGCGUGGGCGCCAUACUCGUCCACCGUGUUCGCCGCCUCCACCAUCGAUGGACGCGUGCAUGUGUUCGACCUGGACAUCGACAAGUACCGGCCCAUCUGCUGCCAGGCGGUCAUCGACGUCAAGAAGACGCGCAUGACCAAGGUGUCGUUCAGUCUGGUGCACCCCAUCAUCCUUGUCGGUGACGAACGCGGUAACGUGACGUCACUUAAGCUCUCCCCUAACCUCAGAAAGAAGCCAAAAGAGGCCAAGAACGCGGACGCGAAGCGGUGUUUCGAAAUCGAGCUGGAGAAGAUAGAGAAACUUCUGAGCAUUGUGCGGGAGCCUGCUGGCCAGUAGCAUAAAUACAUUUAAAUAGCGGUAUG